UCAUCUCUUUUACAUCAAUCACCUUCUCACCCAUUUUCUGUCUUUGCUCUCACAUUGUGUCCACACACACUCUCUCUUUACUACCAGGUGAUGAAGACAACCUCGUAGUCAUCAUUGAGGUUGUGGUGGCACCGACUUUGAAGCACUUCUGUUCUGUUUUAUUGUAAAUUACUUCAUGGGAAUUUUCAAAAUUUUGUGAAGAGCUUUGGAGAUGAUGCAACUGAAGUUGUUGUUCUAAAAAUUCUCAAACUUGUCGAAAAGAAGCGAUGUCGUCUCCGGAGGUUUCUGGAAUCUUGGAGAACUCAAAGGAGCUCGAUCGGAUAAGGAAAGAACAGGAGGAGGUGCUUGUCGAGAUCAACAAGAUGCACAAGAAGCUCCAAGCCACUCCUGAGGUGGUUGAGAAGCCUGGAGAUAAUUCAUUAUCUAGGUUGAAAGUUUUGUAUACUCUUGCGAAAGACCUGUCAGAGAGUGAAAUAACCAUUUCCAGCAUGUUGUUAAAUCAACUUGAUCAUCUGGUUCCUCCUGGGCCUCAAGGACAAUUAAGAAGAAGGCUAGAAGGCAAUGAUCCGAAAAGGAAAAGAAUGAAGACUGAUUCAGAUAUUUCAAGGAUUUCGAAUAAUGUGCGAAGUCAACUAGAGGCUUGUGCUAAUUUAAAGGGAGAACAGGUAGCAGCUAGAGUCAGACUAGAUGAGGCUGAUAAGGAUGAGUGGUUCGUUGUAAAAGUUCUGCAUUUUGAUAAGGAGACAAGAGAAUUUGAAGUCCUAGACGAGGAACCAGGUGAUGAUGAUGAGGGUGGUGGCCAAAGGAAGUACAAGCUGCCCAUGUCAAGAAUUAUUCCUUUCCCCAAGAGAAAUGAUCUUAGUAAUGUACAAGAUUUCCCUACUGGAAGUCAGGUUUUGGCUGUCUAUCCAGGAACAACUGCACUUUAUAAGGCAACUGUUGUUAAUGGCCAUCGCAAGAGGAAGACGGAUGAUUAUUUACUGGAAUUUGAUGAUGAUGAGGAAAAUGGAUCAUUGCCUAAAAGGACGGUACACUUCCAAAAGGUGGUUCCUCUGCCUGAAGAAUCUCGUCAAUGAAUUCAAGCUGUUUAUAGCCGUGUAUGAAUCUCAAGUGUUAUGUAGCAUUAUGAAGCUGGCCUUUAGCGUGCCUUACGUUACUUUUUUAUGUUAUAUAAUCAUAUUUAUUUCUUAUUCCUCUCAAGUAUUGAAAAUGUUAAGACUUUCUGUCA